AUGAAGACUAUGGCUGCAUGGCUCUGCAUUUGCCUUUCCCAAGAUGAGAAAAAAGGUAAAAAAAAAUUACAACUGCUCGAUGACCGCGCUGUCGUUUUUUUAGUAUUUGUCUAUUAUUUUUCGAUGUAAACAAGGAAAUUAUAAAAGUGCAAUCUUUUACAAAGCAGCAGCCUUUCAGAGAUCUUUUUAGUACCUACCUACCUUUACUUAGUGUGUGAAUAAUGAAGCAGAGGCCGAUUCAUAUCGAUUUUGUGUUUCUGAUUCUGGUCAUAGUUAUAACCAAUAUUUAUUGCGAAAACAAGUAUUCUCGAGAUGCAAACGAAAAGAAAAACAAGGGGAUUGAUUUUAGAACUUUGGAAAAACCCUUUCGAAUGAAUAAGUUAAAUCUUCUGUGGAUUAAAGCGCAACAGCGCCUAACUGAACCAAAGCUUAAAUCUUUGUAUAGCGACUUAAUGAUACAAGACAAGGAAGAACUAACCUUCAAAAGAUUUAAAAGUGAGGGUGGUGAUAAGGAGGGUUUUAAAGAGGCUGAGCUGAGACGCAAGCUCACCAACAUCAUGGCAGUUUAUGGUCUUCGGGAACAUUUUGGGGACACUGCAGCUCGUCAGAAGGAGCAUUCAGCAUCAAAUUCAGCAAUAGAUGACCAUAUCAAUAAAAGUUUAUUUAAAGAUAAAAAAUUGAAUCACUUAUGGUCGAAAGCUGAGACAUCUGGUUUUACAAGUGAAGAAUUGGCAGCUCUCAAGGAAGAAUUUAACCACCACCAGGAUAAAAUCAAUCAGUACUAUGACCUGCUUACAGAUGUAGAUAAGGGACCCCAGGAUGGAUAUAAAAAUGUUGUUGAUGAAGAAGAAAUAGAUAAAUUUAAUGAGAUUAAUUCCCAUUUGGAAACCAAUGAGAUUAGCAAAGAUUUUAUUGAUAAGGCCAACUUAGUGAGGGAGAAACACCGGGGUUUAAGGGAUGGUUAUGACAGAUUACAAAGGAUCACUGCUAAAGGUCCAAACAAUAGAGAGUUCAUUGAACCCAAAGUCCAAGGCCUGUGGAAAAUGGCUGCAGCAUCUAACUUUACUGUCGAUGAACUUGCUUCCUUGAAGGUGGAACUGCAGCACUAUGAGCAGCGCUUGUUAAAACUUCGGCACUUGCACGCUGACCAUGUAAGCAAAGUAGAGAAACAUCUUACCAAGGUCGCAGCCAGUGGUGACAAGAUGGACCACUUCGACCACGAGCAGCAGAUGAUCAAAAAGCACACGCGCAAGGUGGAGAAGAUGCACGCCGACAUCGAGGGCCGCAUACUGCAGAGACACUCGGAACUCUAACAGUGCCUGCGCAUGUACUCUUUCCGCCUUAUUCCAAAACGCGGACCUAAUAAUUAGUUUUGCUUUAAACUUAAUGCUGUGUCAGCAUCAGUUUAAGACCAGGGUUUAAUUUUAGUCAUCAUUUUGUAUUAAGUUGUUAAUUCGUUGACUUUCGAUAUAUCGUGAUCGUCAUCAUUACCCUUGCCCGUCCUAUUCUACACGAC